CACCCAGUACCAUGUAUUUAUUAGAGUAGAUCAUCAUCAUCGUCACCAUCCAGAGUGACGAUCGACACCAGAAAUGUUCAGCAGCAGCUCAGACAGCCACCCAUCUGGGUAUGACCUUGGCCCGCAACCAGGGGACCAAGACCGUCAUGGGAGUCGAGGUGCAGGGCAGGAUUCUAAAAAUGAUGACAAUCAUGGAGGACAGCGUUGUGACGACGGCCGCCAUGACAGAGAUCGCCACGAUGAAGACCAUCAUGGAGGACAGCGCCGUAAUGACGACGAUCACGGCAGAGAUCGCCACGAUGAUGACCAUCAUGGAGGAGACAGUCAUGGAAAGGACCACAGGGAUGAUGAUCGACAUAGCGGUGGUCGUCAUGGCGACAGACACAGCCCUGACCGUGAUCGUGAUCGUGAUCACGACCACAGCCCACGUCGUCAUCGUGAGAGUGGCAGUCCUGGCCGUAGCGGCAGCAGUGAUAGUGGCAGUUGCAGUGAUGAUGGGCAUGGCAAUAAAAAACACGGGCGUAAACACAAGCAUGGACGUGGAAAAGGACGCGGUCGUGGACGAGGAGGCGGCUGGUGAACAGCAGGAAAGACUCCACCUGCUGCUGCCUCCUCCCUCUGAAGGAAAUAUCCAUUUGUUGUCUACACAGCACAAGUGCAGGGAUCUUAACCAGCCACUGGGCGGAUAGUGUGCAUCAAAUUGCACUUAUUCUUGUGUUUUUUAAACAUUGUUAUCAGUUCUUUUCUUGCUGUGAUAAAAUAAAAACAUCAAUAAACUAUUGCUACGACACCUGUUUAAUUAUUAUCAAUCACUUAUAUUCUCUGAACUAUUGCUUUCCGGCACUACGAACAGCCCCCACUGAAUUUUUUUUAAAUGUUAAAUUUGCAUCUUAUACAUACACAUUUGCGGUGCCCUCGGCUUGACUUACCUCCUGACUACCAUUAGCUUUCUUUGGGGUGCCACACCUACCACCACGGCUCCAAACCUGGCGGCUGGAAGAGGACACGGGAUGGUGCUCCUGCCGCGCUUGCAAGUAGACAUGUGUACUAUAAGUAUAUUUAAACAUGUACUUGUGUGAUGUAAAAUUAAACACGUCAUGUCCGCGGUGUGCCGUAUGAGGGGGCGGAAGGGGCGUUUCCUGUGUCUAGUUUUACAGGAAGUUCUUUCUUGGUCCAGGUGAUCGCUGUGAGUUCUGGAGAGGCUUAGUUUAAAUCCAAAAGAGACAGGUUUACUUGAGCUUUCCACCACCUUCAGAGCUGGUGAUAAACAGGCAGCUGAAGUCAUGUCACUCCUGCUCCGGCUCCGGCUCCUGCUCCUGAAUGGUGGGAGGAGCAGUCACACUGUGUAAACCCAAAUACAGCCAAAGACCUCUGAAGCAAAACUCUGGAGUAAGAAGUCCUGAGGAAUUCUUCACAAGCAGAAGAGAAACUGAACAACAACUGUCAACCACGGUCACUUCAGACCAUAGAGACAGACUGUGACGAUGUUGACCAAACAAAUCCAACUUCUGCUGACAGGACAACUCUUUACUCAGCUUUUCUUGUUGGGAAUAACCUGAAGAAAGGUGGAACAACUAAAACCAGAACCUUUGGUCGGAUGAGACCAAAAACAACAAAAAACUCUUUGUACAAAGAGAUGUUACUCUUUGUCUGGAAAAGUAAAACAGGACAUAAAGGACAUUGUCCCUUCAGUGAAGCUCAGGGGAAAGACACGGUAGUAGGGGUAUGAGCAGACCUCCGUGGGGACGAACCAGACCUCCAUGGAAACAAUCCAGACCUCAAGGCUGCUUACAGAAAAUGGAGAGCAGUGCUCUACCUGCGAUUUCCGGGAGCAAAGUAAACAGCUGAGGCUCCAACUCAUCAAGUCCCAGAUCCUCAGCAUCCUGCGGCUGGAGCAGGCUCCCAACAUCAGCCGGGACAUGAUUCGUCAGCUGCUGCCCAAGGCGCCUCCGUUGACGCAGCUCCUGGACCAGUACGACCCGCGCGUGGAGGACGAGGACCACGCCACGACUGAGACCAUCAUUACUAUGGCCACCAAGCCCAACCCCACUGCCCAGGAGGAGUUGUCCUCCUGCUGUCUCUUUAGCCUCAGCCCUAAGAUCCAGCCCAGAAACAUCCUGAGCGCUCAGCUGUGGGUUCAUCUACGGCCCGCUGACAUGGUCACCACCGUCUUCCUGCAGCUGUCCCAGCUCAAACCUGGGAGGGAGGGAAACAAUACGAGGGUCAGGGUCCGUUCCCUGAAGAUCGACAUAAACGCUGGGGCCGGAUCCUGGCAGAACAUGGACAUCAAGUCCCUGCUGCAGAACUGGCUCCGUCAGCCAGGGGGCAACUAUGGUGUCGAGAUCAACGCCUACAACUCCAGAGGAGAAGAUUUGGCUGUGACGUCUGCAGAGCCCGGAGAUGAAGGACUGCAACCUUUCAUUGAGGUGAAGAUUCUCGACAGCCCCAAAAGAGCCCGCCGUGACUCGGGUCUCAACUGCAAUGAAAAAUCUGAGGAGACACGCUGCUGCCGCUACGCACUGACCGUUGAUUUUGAGGAGUUUGGCUGGGACUGGAUUAUCGCACCCAAACGGUACCGGGCCAACUACUGCUCUGGAGAAUGUGAGUUCAUGCACCGGCAGCAGUACCCACACGCCCACCUGGUAAACAAAGCCAACCCACGAGGCACCGUGGGGCCCUGCUGCACGCCUACCAAGAUGUCACCCAUCAACAUGAUCUACGUCAACAGCAUGGAGAACGUCAUUUAUGGAAAAAUCCCAUCCAUGGUAGUGGACCACUGUGGCUGCUCAUGAGAAAAUCCUCAUUGGAUUUAACUCAACAUUUUUACCUGAAACUUGUUUUUAACAUUUGGUGUCUGUCACUGAAUAGAUCUUUAGACCCGUUUGUUACCAUCAAAACUUCAUCAGAAAGAGGCCAGAAACUACACGGUUUGCUAGGACGCUUGUCAUGUUCUUCUCCUACAGUAGCCCAGAAAGGACUAACUUAAUUACAACUAAUGUGGAGUGAAAUGUAAUGAAAAAAUAUGCUAAAACUUUCUUGAUAAAAGUCCCUAAAGAAAGCUAAAAUGCAUAAACAGUUACUUUAAGAUUGAUAAAAUAAAAUUUUAAUUAAAAGCUGAAAGUUAACUAAGAGUUUGGCAAAUACAUAAGAGAGAUUUAAAUUUAAGAGAAUUUAAAAGAGCCAUAAGAUAAUGAGCCCAAAUAAUUACAUUCACGGCCAAAAAUGUAUUCAUUAAUGCAAGUGUGAACAUUGAUCCUUUGUAAAUUAAGCCAACCUGAGUUUCCUAAAAUAAGCCAUAAGAGAAAUUAAUGGUAGCUUAGAUAGAUUGAAGAGUUCUGUUAGGCAACUAUUUUAGAAAACUUAGCAAGAAAAUAGCAUGAGCAGCUAAACAGAGCUAAAAAAAAAAGACUAGUAUAGAGUUCAUCAAAGAGUUUACAAGGAACUAAAUGUUAUUAAAUUGAUUUUUUUUAAAACCCACAGAAGACUAGCAAAUAAAUAUCCUACCUCAUAGCAAAUGGUUUUCAGUUGUACGUUUUUCAGUUAAAUUAUUAAAAGUUAACUAAAUAUAAAUACACAGUAAUUGUGGAAGCAAGAAAAAGUCUAUAGCUAAAGUUUAUACCAGAAGAAAAAGGACAAAAUUAGGGCAAAAGGGGGGCAAAAAGGUCAAAGGUUUUAAAAGAAGUGAAUAAAAUAAACAGGCAAAAUAGUUAAAUUUGCCAAUAUAACUAAACAACAGGAUUGUCAAGUUUAUAUUGAGAUUUUUCAACACAUGUAACAAAGUUGUUACUCAUACUGAAACAAACAAACAAAAAAGUAAUUUUCUGCAUUUCUUUUCCUGUAUUAUUUUUCACUUUAUACUGUCCAAAAACCCCUCCUGCUUCCUGUCCUUCUCUCUUAUAUAAAAAAAAGGUUGGCUGAUAUGAGUCUUGACCAACACAAACACUGCGGGGUAUCUUCCAUGUGAAUCCUUAUUUAGGAAAACAUGAACUGAGUGACUUCAGAGUGACUGAGGCGACUUGUCCGCUCCUCAGUGACCAGCUCGAAAGAUUGUCACAGAGCCACAGAUAAUAUGUUUAAAAUAUGUUGUUGUUGCAGGUGUGAUGGCCACUGCUGGGAUAUAAAAGGUGCCAAAUAGCAGUGUCGAGUGCAGACUCCGCCGCUUAUCUACAAACAGAUGAAGUGGAAAGUUAUCAACCUUCCAAUGAUUGGGAGUGGAUAAAGAAAACCUCAAAUUAGUUGGUUUUCUUUGUUUUGAAUGCACUACGACUGCAAACAAUUAUUUUUAUGUGAAUUUUGUUUAGUGGAUUGUUGAAAUGCUAAGCUAGUUAAAAGGAGCACUGCAACUGCUAAUAGCCUGAAAACUAGCUAAAAUGCUUAAUGUCAGGAAAAUACUACCAAAGGUAACAUAACAAAGAGAGGGCAUACAUGAACAAAAGUUAGCUUUAAAAUAGCUAGCUAGCUAAAUAUACAAGGUAUCUUAAAAACAGUUAGCCAAUAUAUAUAUUAACAGAAAGAUAAGAUAAAGCAUGAAAUAGUUAAAUUAGCCCUGCAAUACUUUAAGUUAAACCUACAAUGUAGCUAAAGGCCUACUUAACUCAAGCUAAGCCAAAAUGUUGAAUUUCCCAUAUUAUGAUCAACAACAUACAUAUAUCUAUUUAGAUAAGAUAGUUAUAAACUCUAAUUAAAGCUUAGCCUGAUCUUAAACAAAACAUGUCACUCAGCCAAGAAAACAUUCUUGGAAACAAACUUUAAAAAAAGUUUUCUAGAAACAACAAGAACAAUAAGCUAAAAAGCGUUGGAUCAAUGCCAAACACAAAGAGGUUGUUUCUGACAUGACAACAUCAGAGACUGGUUUGAGAAUUGUUCCAACAGUCAGAGGGGAUAGAAGGCAUCAACCCACGUCACAGUGUGAGCAGAGAUUUUGAUCUCAGGGGGAGGUUUCAUCUCAAUUUGAUGCUGAGUGCAGAUGUCCCCAGUGUUGUUGUUGUUGUGCCUCACAGAGGGGUUGUUCUGCUGUUGGAACAGAGAGUCCACCAGUGUCACAUAUUCAAUUUUGUCGUUGUGCAGCCAACCUAAGUUUUAGAAUUAUUGUCAUGCUGUUGCAGCAGUUUAAAAAAAACAUAGGAAGUGAAUGGUGAAAGGAUGAAUGCAGGUUAAUGUCUUACUGCUGGUGCUUUCUGUUUUUCUAGACUG